AUGGCUGAGAUCAUUCGGAAACAGGAAGACCUGAACCACAAGCAACUCGAAGCUGGUCCUCGUGCCAUCAAAGACCUCAACAAAGUGUUGGCUGACUUGCGGAGAGAAUACGACUCACUCCACAACGCUGGGCUGCCUAUCUUCACUCUACCCAAUGAAGUUCUGGAGGAAGUCUUCCAGUGUGCGGCAGAUAUGACAAGGGAUGAGCCAACUUGGGACCCUAACCUCGGUGACCUGACCAAGGCGUUGACCGAAAUCAGGAUUACGCACGUCUGCUCUCAGUUUCGCAAGAUCGCACUUCGACUGAGCAGUUUGUGGGCGUUUUUCUCUAAUGUGGGACGCGGCAAGGAAGACACUGCGAAGAGGUUCAAGCUGUACCUUCAACGGUCGAAAUCCCAUCCUCUGGAGCUGUGGAUAGACUUUCGAAAUCAGACGUCCGUUCCUCGAGACCUGCUUCGGCUGGCGGUGGAGCACGUUGAACGUUGGCAAUAUAUAACCAUUCUCUACAAUGAGAAUGCGGUGGGUGCUAGCAAGAUUCAACAGUGGCUCGGGGGCAGCAAAGCACCACUUCUGGAGCACCUGGAUCUAGGGCUGCAUGGAGGUCAUCCAUCCGGGUGGACUAAACACGAGCAAGAGACGCGAUGCAGUGACACAGCACCGUCCAUACUCGAAGGAGGAUGUCCGCGUCUCACGUCUCUUCGACUUGGUGCAUUCUUUGCAUCAAAACUCCUUCCUCCAAUUUCCACUGUCACGCACCUUUCCAUCGAAUUCUCCUUCACCUACAUGGGCCCGAGGCAGUUCCAGCCCCCUAUCCCUUGGGAUGUAUUCACGAAGAUCCUCAAACUCCCCCUUCUCUCUUUUUCGAUUGAUGAUGGGUGCAUUCGAGGGAAUCCAGCUGCGCAGACAUCAGCAAUCACGUUGCCCCAUCUCAAACACCUUCGACUCGGGAGAACUCGCUCCCUUGGAUUCCAACCAAUUUCUGUACUGAUCUCGCAGUUCCUCGUAAACCUCGUGGCACCAGCACUGGAAUCCCUCACAUUCGACCGGAUCUGCAUUUGCCUACCAUUCGAUCCGGAGCAACCAGUCCCAAUGUCCUUCCCCCAACUCCACUCGGUAUACGCAUUGCCUCAUCUCCGAAACUGGGGUGAAGAAGUCGCGUGGCUGCGAGUAUUAUCGGAGGCUUCUCCUGCGGUACGGUCGUUUUCAGGAACAUUCACCCCCGAGCACCAUUCGCGGGGCGAAAGCGAGCGAGAAGUCGGAUGUUUACUCGAUGCAAGUUCGCCCCACGGGAUGAUCUGGCCAACACUCGAAAAACUGGCAGUCUUGCAUCCCGUUGAAGAUGCCGGUAAGCUCGAGGAAUUCGUGAAACUGCGGUCAACCCCCGAUCGACGGUUCACCUUGAAAGUUCCGCUCGACGAUGCGUGUUGUUGGAAUUCUCCAACCUGUAGCACAGGUUACCACAAAUACGAGGUGCUGUUCAACUUGGGUGAACUUUCUCCAUGGGAUUCCACCGAUGAAGUAUUUCCGAGGGCAAUGUGGCCACCUGGAGAGAAUCUGAUUCGCAGGCCAAAGUUCGCGAAAAGUUUCCUCGAAGGAAGGUUCUAG